UCCUACGUCAUCUUUCUUCCACCCGGCGGGCCGGCCUCCUGGGAGCCCGACGUCACUGCUCUGCGCCGGAAGACGCCGUGUCCGUGUCCCCUUCCCUCAGCACCGGCCUCUUCCCCGGCAGCCUGAGAUCCCGGGAUAUGAGCCGGAAGAGGCAGCGCCUGGUCCCGGACGCCUUUGGGCUGAAGAGGCGGCGGGAACGAGGGCAGGCGGAGGCGGAUCCUCUGAGGGGCGAGUCAGGUAAGCGCGGCGGCCCCGGGACGAGGCGGGGAGCGGCGUGCGGUGGGAGAACGGCACCCCCCGCCCCCCUUCCCGUCUCAGUGACCUGGUCUCUCCGCCCAGGGUCGGCGCGCGCGGCCGUCGCCGAGCUGGUGCAGCUGUUCCCGCGAAGCCUGUUCGAGGACGCGCUGCCGCCCAUCGCGCUGAGGAGCCAGGUGUACAGCCUCGUGCCCGACCGGACGGCGGCCGACCGGCAGCUGAAGGCGCUUCAAGAGCAGGGGGAGAUCAGAAUCAUCCAGCUAGGCUUUGACUUGGACGCCCAUGGAAUUAUCUUCACUGAGGACUACAGGACCAGAGUCCUCAAGGCCUGCGAUGGCCGACCAUAUGCUGGGGCAGUGCAAAAGUUUCUGGCUUCAGUACUUCCAGCCUGUGGGGACCUUAGCUUCCAGCAAGACCAAAUGACACAGACCUUCGGCUUCAGGGACCCAGAGAUCACGCAGCUGGUGAAUGCUGGAGUCCUCACCGUCCGAGAUGCCGGGAGUUGGUGGCUGGCCGUGCCUGGAGCUGGGAGAUUCAUUAAAUAUUUUGUUAAAGGGCGCCAGGCUGUCCUUGGCAUGGUCCGGAAGGCCAAGUACCGGGAGCUACUCCUAUCAGAGCUUUUGGGCCGGCGGGCGCCUGCCGCGGUGCGACUUGGCCUCACCUACCACGUGCAUGACCUCAUUGGGGCCCAGCUGGUGGACUGUGUCUCCACCACUUCUGGAACUCUCCUCCGCCUACCAGAGACGUGAGGAUUCUGCUUGCCACUGCAUACCUCCCCAGAGUGGGGUGAGAGGGGCUCAGGAGUACUGUCCGGUGGUGGCUGAGACCAGGGUCACCUUGGGAAGGCGUGGGAGCCCGGAUGAGUGUUGGCCUUGUAUCUGCACAAAGCGUCAGAUGUGAUUGCUGCUGUUUACCUGGGCUCUGACCCAGUGGUGGGGUUUGGGCAGUGCCCCUCUGCCCUUCCAAUGGGAGUGGAGCCUGAAAGCACUCCAAGGCCGUGGCUGUUGCCUUCCUUGCAGCAAAGUACUGCUGUCACUCCCUUGGGAUAGGAAGACGGGAUUUCUGGGGAGGCUGGUGAGGGAGGGCAGAAUCCUCUGUCCUUCACGUCGAGGUAAAACUGCCAAAUAAAGUACUUCUGCCUGUGCAA